AUGCAUUCUUGUUAUCAUGCUCACUUCUCCUCCCUCAAGCUUCCACAUUUCUUCGCGCCUAAGAGUUUUGUGGCGUGUUCACGGAGAGAGUUAAGAGUGUUCGCAAUGGAAGAGGCGUCUGGUAACAUACCAGCGGCUCCAAUUUCUCUACCUCAAGGCUCAUGGAAACAGAUAGCAGGUGGAGUGACAGCUGCGAAAGGGUUUAAAGCUGCUGGUAUGUAUGCUAGAUUACGAGCUUCAGGGAAGAAGCUUGAUCUUGCUCUUGUCACCUGUGAUGUUGACGCUGUAGCUGCAGGAGUGUUUACUAUGAAUGUGGUGGCUGCUGCUCCUGUAGUUUACUGUAAAAAAGUUCUUGAGACUUCAAAUACGGCGCGUGCAGUGUUGAUUAAUGCCGGUCAGGCUAAUGCAGCUACGGGUGAUGCUGGUUACCAAGAUAUGUUAGAUUGUGUUGGUUCUCUCGCCACGCUACUUAAAGUGAAUCCAGAGGAAGUAUUAAUCGAGUCAACUGGAGUUAUUGGUCAUAGGAUUAAAAAGAAAGAGCUUCUCGAAGCACUUCCAACACUAGUCAACUCGAUGUCAAACUCUGUUGAACAGGCCGAUUCUGCUGCUAUAGCAAUCACAACAACGGAUCUUGUAAGCAAGAGUGUGGCCGUUGAAUCACAGGUCGGAGGAACUACAAUCCGAGUUGGGGGUAUGGCAAAAGGCUCAGGGAUGAUCCAUCCAAAUAUGGCAACUAUGCUAGGUGUCAUCACAACAGACGCUCUAGUUGAAAGUGAUAUCUGGAGAAAGAUGGUAAAGGUUGCAGUAAACCGAAGUUUUAACCAGAUCACUGUAGAUGGGGACACGAGUACUAACGACACAGUCAUUGCUUUGGCCAGUGGCCUAUCUGGAUCACCUUUUAUAUCGUCAUUGAACUGUAAGGAAGCUGUACAACUUCAGGCUUGCCUUGAUGCGGUGAUGCAAGGACUUGCCAAAUCAAUAGCCUGGGAUGGGGAAGGCGCAACAUGUCUCAUUGAGGUAACAGUAAAAGGAACAGAAACUGAAGCAGAAGCAGCGAAAAUUGCACGCUCGGUGGCUUCCUCUUCACUGGUUAAAGCAGCUGUUUAUGGAAGAGAUCCGAACUGGGGGCGCAUAGCUGCAGCUGCUGGCUACGCAGGGGUUUCUUUCCAGAUGGAUAAGCUUAAGAUAUCACUCGGCGAGUUUUCACUCAUGGAGAGUGGUCAACCUCUUCCUUUUGACAGGUUUCUUAUCUUACGACUGAUCUUGUCUCAAUGGCAAAAUGAAGUUAAAUCAUGUUCUUACACAGAUGUGUAUACACACAGGGAUGGAGCCAGUAACUACCUAGAGAAAGCUGGCGAGGUUCAUGGAACUGUUACAAUAGAUUUAUCCGUAGGUGAAGGUGCAGCCACAGGAAAGGCGUGGGGGUGUGAUCUUAGCUAUGACUAUGUCAAGAUCAACGCUGAGUAUACCUCUUGA